GCAACAUCUAGUCAUUGCUCUGCUCUCAAGACCUGAACAGACUUCACUCCGAUAUGUCCCCACCCAAGCUCUUUCAGCCGUUCAAACUCGGCUCGCUGAACCUAGCACAUCGAAUCGUCAUGGCCCCCCUCACUCGUUUCCGUGCGAACAAGGACCACGUCCACGGUGGACUAGCCAAGACUCACUAUGAGCAACGCGGCAGCGUCCCUGGCACGCUCCUCAUCACCGAGGCGACCUUUAUCGCGGCCAAGGCCGGUCUGUACGAUCACGUCCCUGGCAUAUGGAGUGACGCUCAAAUAGAGGGAUGGAAACGCGUUGUCGACGCUGUGCAUGACAAAGGCUCCUACAUCGUUCUCCAACUCUGGGCUCUUGGUCGCGCGACAGACAUCGACUCGUUGAAGCGUGAAGAUCCGAGUUUCGAAGUCGUGUCUGCUUCCGACAUACCGAUCAAGGGGAAACCUGCACCACGCCCACUUACCGUACCGGAGAUCAAAGAGUACGUGCAGUUAUACGCGACCGCCGCCCGAAAUGCGGUUCACGGAGCCGGAUUCGAUGGAGUCGAGAUCCAUGGCGCCAAUGGCUAUCUUAUCGAUCAGUUUAUCCAAGAUACCAGUAACAACCGCGCGGACGAGUACGGCGGCUCUAUUGAGAACCGCAGCCGAUUCGCGCUUGAGGUCGUCGACGCCGUGAUCGCCGCCAUCGGUGCCUCUCGCACCGGUAUCCGCCUGAGCCCCUGGAGCCCCUUCAAUGACAUGCGCAUGGCGGAUCCCAUUCCGCAGUUCUCUUACCUCAUACGCGCCAUGCGCGACGCACACCCGGACAUGGCGUUCAUCCACCUCGUCGAACCGCGCGUAUCAGGCGGGAGCGACUGCAAUUCGCAACAUGACGACGAGUCGAACGAUUUCGCGCGUGACAUCUGGAGGGGUGACGGCAGGGCGUUCAUCAGCGCAGGGGGGUAUACCCGCGAGAAAGCGAUUACGGUCGCGGAGGAGAAGGGCGAUCUGAUAGCGUUCGGCCGGACCUUCAUUUCGAACCCCGACUUACCGUUGAAAUUGAAGGAAGAUAUUCCCCUGACGCCAUACAAUCGCGACACUUUCUAUCUCCCCGAAAAUCCCAAAGGCUACAACGAUUAUCCCUUCGUGGACUCACAAAUCGACGUUGCGAGAUUGUGAUUCUCUUGGCCAGCGGGGUUCGACAGGGUCGAAAUCCAUGGUUCGUUGCUUGGCCGCUCUGGUUUACAGCACGACCGGCAUUACUGACGCCGGCAACUUCAUGAUUGGUUGUUAAUGGCUACCUUAUCCAUCAGUUCAUCCGGGAUACUAGCAAUAAGCGCACGGGCGAGUAUGGAGGCUCGAUUGAGAACUGGAGCCGAUUCGCACUCAAGGUCGUUGACGCCGUGAUCGACGCUGGUGGAGCCUCGCAGACCGGUAACCGUUUGUCGUACAAUCGCCCUACUUUCUAUCUGCCAGAAAACCCAAAGGGCUAUACCGUUUACCACUUCGCCUGCGAAGAAAGUGACAGUGCGGGAGCGUGAUCUACUCCGUUCAUGUAUUGGCCCUUGGCGUAGCAUUAACUUCAGGGCGGUCUCGCCAGUGUAUCUGAAUAAAUAUAACUCGGUGAUGCAC